UGUACACAUGCAGACAAGGUGGUGCCUCCUUUCAUGUGCAAGGCUGCCCUGCGGAGUCUGAAGGUGGUUUUGUCAUUACCCCACAGCCUUUCCAGCCUCACGAAGGCUCUGGUGGAUACUCCAGGAGUUAAACUCUGCUUGUUCUCCGCAGAAUGAGUUUAGGGCAUUAUUUUACUUCUCUUCAAGCAAAGGGAGGGUGUUUGAGUAUGGCUCAGGUCCGGCCUUUGCAAUAACAUCUCAUGCAGAAGCUUGUCUCCUGCACGUGGUGUCGGGUUGACAUCUGUAACACCAAACAGCAAGUUAGUGCCGUGGCGGAGCUGGGAAGAAACUUGUUAUCCCAUCCCUUUCCUUCUCAUCUUGCUUUGGAUCGAGAAUGGGUCAACUGUGUGGACGGUGCAUGCAGCUGCUGCGCGACUUCGUGGCCUUUGUUCAGAGGAUGUCCUCGGACCUGCUGCACAGCAUUAAGGAGUGCUUAACCCUGAUAAUCAAAUGCUCCUGCCUGAAGCAGGGCAGCUCCAAAGCCAGGCAGCUGUACAAGCCCGUCCUGCAGCCCCACGAGCGGGUGACAGCACAGGAGUUUCUGCAGCACAUCGAAAGAGGUUUUGAAACGUCACCACUUGGAAAGGACCCUCUGGAAGCUUUGAGGACCUUAGCUUUCUCAGAAAACCCGGGCUUACAGCAGUCUGCUGCUCUCUAUUAUUUGCACAUGAGCCAGCACAUGAAUAUUCCCCUGCCAGCAGAGCAUCUGGAACCCUUCUAUGCCUUACUACGGUCUGCUGACCUGGAGGUGCAACAGAUGUCUUCUUUGUCCCUUGUCAACUUUCUGCUGGAAGGAAAUAUUGACAAGGAACUGGUUGUGCAAAUGGGUUUACUUGAGCCAAUUCUGGACCUGCUUGAAUCAGAUGAUCCCACCGUCCAGUGUAAUUCCUGUGCCUGCACCAUGACUUUGGCUGUUUCAGAAUCCAACCGAGAUGCUAUUGGUGCAGCCCGAGGAGUUACCCCCCUACUGUCUCUUGCCAAUUCCUAUGAUCCUAGAGUCCAACAAAAUGCAGUUGGUGCAAUUCUCAACCUCACACAAUCAGAGAGGAUCCAACAGGUCCUGUGCAAGGAAGGAGCCCUGCCCGUUCUCAUCUUUCUGCUGGAGUCUCCUGACUCAGAAGUGCAGUAUUACAGCUGUGCUGCCCUGAGCAACAUAGCAGUGAAUGCUCAGCACCACGAAGCCAUGCUGAGAACCGGUGAAAGAUUCCUGCUGCGUGUGCUCACCUCUCUCCUAUCCUCCCCUGUGGACAAGGUGUCAAGCCAGGCAUGUGUUUGCCUAAGAAAUUUGGCUACCAGUGCGGACACCCAGGCUGAGAUGGUCUCCCAGGACGUCCUGCCCAAGCUGUGCUCUCUCCUGGCCUCUGGCAGCGAGGCCGUGCGGCGCGCAUCCGUCGCCCUGCUCUGGAUCCUGUCCCAGCACCCGCACAACCAGGACGCCCUGGUGUGUGCCGAGCUGCUGCAGAGCCUGGGGACGCUCCUGUCAGCACAUACGACAGACCCUGUGAUUGCUGGCCAUGCUGCUUGCAUCAUCAAAAACCUGAGCCUUUCCAAAAACAGAGAGAGAAUCAUCGAGAGCCCAUGUGUUGAAGGUCUCCUCCAGGCCUUGCUUUCUAUUGACAUCCGAGAAGACUCUCUCCACUACGUGACGUCUUGCCUUGCUGAGCUGACAAAGCAAGAAGGAGCCACGUUACGCAUGGUCCAGCGGAUGGAUGAACCCCUGACGAAGUGCUUGGUGAGACUUGCCGGCCAAGUGGAGCAUACCGAGCCAUCCUUCCAGGCUGCCUCCAUCAUCCAGCACAUGAUAGACCACGAAAAAAUGAUGCAUUUGCUGAAGUGUCACAUCAGAGAGAUUCAAGCCUACCUCGAGAAUUUUCUUUCGCACCAAGAGAUUCGCUUCCAGCAGCUGGGCAUUUCCACAUUCUGCAGGUUGCAAGCAGAUCCAGAAUUCUCGUUAGCAUUCAGGAAAAGCCAAAUGGCCAAACUCCUUGAGCAAGUACGCCAACAAACAGAAGAAACACAGGAGCUCCUUAGGGCAGCUCUUUGCCACACAGAGAGUUAGUAUUUGAGCUGGAUAGCUUAUGAAAACUUACCAGAUCCAAGAACUUUUUGUGAGGACAACUCUUUUCAUUGGCUCCUGUAGUUAAACUUUUCCUGCUACUUGCAGUUUCACUGUACAAGCAGCAAGUGCACAGCACCUUUAUGAAAGGGAUGUUCCAAUAACAAGAACGGGACCAGGUCAAAAGACAAUCCCUCGGAUGCUUCAUCUGCCUGCUUAAGUGUGCUUCAUGACCACGGCUAUGCUCCUUCCAGCUGCUUGGAAAACACAUGUUAUGCUUGGAUAAUCUUCGCUGUUUUUUUGUUUGUUUUUCCUUCCAAAAAUCAGAAAGAGCUGUAUUCAUGAGGUUUUAUUCAGGCAAAAGGCUGAUUCUACCGAAGAGGCACAUUUCAAGUAUGCAGGCUACUCUGUAUUCAUCUCCAUUUUAUUUCUGUUCCAUGUCUUGUUUCAGAACACACCCCAGCAACACUAACUGCAUUAACACAUUCUAUAGAAGUAGAAAACUGCCUGCAGGUUACUGCAGAAGGUAACCAUGGAGGGACAACUCUCAGAAAAAAUGCAAACAAUUUGUAAGAAGCAAGAAUAGAGAAGCACUGUGGCUGAUUCUUGUAUACACUACCAGCACCACUGUCCAGCACAAGAGCUAAGGCCCACUGAGGCAGGUAAAUGUUACGAGCAUUGCACAGAGCAUGUUCGGAAUAUAGCAGCUACCACGAAAGGCUUGUGAGAUGUGCCUCAGGACAGAAAUCUAUGUUCUGCAACUGGUACAUUAUUUCCAAAGGGACCUGCAAAAGGGAAAGUGAACAAAUUUGACAAAAUUAGGAACUGAUCUUAUAUUCUGAUAUCUCAUUUUAAAAGGAGUAAGAGAAGCCAAACAUGUACUAGUAUGCUUAGUUUUGAAUUCAACUAAUUUUUGUAUCUGUACACAGGUUACUGAACAGCCUUCCCUUCCCUUUUCUCCAGUGGGAACAUAGCUGUCUUAUGGUUCUCUUUGCCAAUCAAAACAGUGUUUUUCAGAGAAAAAAAAAAGAAAAAAAGAAAAAAAGUUGUAGCAGAGAGCCUUGAACUUAUAGGGCACUCAUUUUUUAAUGUAGCUUUUUAUUUCUAGGAGAAAGGUAAUCUAAUCAUAGUCAUCUAGUACUACCAAUAAUUUACUAAUAAUCUAAUUACACCUUUGAUCUAUACACUUACUGUUUUUAACAUUGAGAAACUGGCUGAAGCUUCUUGUUGAACUGACUGGAAUACUUAAAUUUUGGGAUUACUCUUUUAUACUGAUUAUUGCUCCCAGAUAGCAUAGUUUCUUAUGGAAAACAAAAUAGAAAAGUCUUUGGGGGUACUUCUGACUGUGGUACCACACCAAAACACAGCUGUAGAGCUGCUACUGGGUACAAAUAUGGAAUACAUGUUGAGGCAGAUCUCGAAAAAUCAUUCUGCCAAGUAAGAGCUCACCAUUUUACAGUGUCCCAAAUCUCUAAGCUUUGGUUUGGUGCUUAGGGUAGGCUUUUUUGUUUUUUUUUUUUUUUUUUUUAGGUUAAUGUUUAAUUUCAGUAACUGCAAGUUCUCUCCAAUUAUAAGGUUAAAAACAAAACAAAACAAAAAAACAACCAAACCAAACAAAUAUUUAAAAGCCUCUCUACAGCACAGCAAAAAGCCCUGUUGAAGAACAGAGUAGACAAAUCUUAGAUAAAGCAGUACUGAAUUAUCAAUAUUCAAUGGGACAGACAGGAAUUUUCUUCUGAAAUUUCACGUGAGAGACCCACGCGCUCACUCCCAGGCAGUAGGGCUCACUGAAGCAGAAGACUAAACAGAGCUGAAUGACACAGCUACGAAUGAAACUCGAAGAUCUCAAACUUCAGGCCACCUCCUUAGCUGAUUUUAGAUCAUUUACCAAAAAGAAAAUUAGUGCAAUACUUUAUGUCCAGUGGGAUACGUAAUGACAUUAGAGUCUGUCCUCUAUCUAAUUUUCUUAGAUAUUUAAUUGCAAACAUUACUUCAAGGUCGUAGCAAGAAAGAAAAUAACAAAGCAGUCUUCCUCAGGAAUAAGGAGGUAAGAGAUGUGUAAAUCAAACAAGCUAGUGGUGGAUAGCCCAGGAGUUGUGCUGUAAUGACCGAUGUUGCCCACUCCCUGAAUGUCACCCACAUAAGUAUCCGUUUUGUUGUUCAGAUGUAAGCAAGGAGCUGAGUCUCACCAAAGCACACGGUCCUGUUGCUGUGAAAAGUUACUACUACCACCUAUCUUCAGAAAAAGCUGGAACUUCUACAGUUGCUCAUUCUACCUCACUGAAUAAUUAAGUGUUGCCUUUGAUAGCACGAAUAACAAAGAGAGAUGCAAUCGCAGGCCAAAAAGCUGGCCUUCAUUUGUUACUGUAUUUUAUUACCAAAAACAAUAUUCAAAGGAAAAGAAACUUUUUCCCUGCAUUUAAAGAAAAGGGGGUUGAACCCAAGACUUAAAAUUAUUUUUUUUUUUGACACACACCUAAUUCUACACUCAUUCCCUAGCCUUUAGUUUUACAUUGGGUCCUUGAAAGAAAGAAUUUUUUUCUUCUCUUAUUUGAAGUGCAAGCUUGGAAUGAAUAUAAUUAUACAUUAUUUUUACUACAACCCAGUUCAAAAAACAUACGAGAAAUGAAUCAGACUCUUCUCUAUACUGCAAACAACAAACCAUGUGUUGUAAAGUCUCACAAAAGUAAUCAAGAUCAACAUAGCUUAAGCCUGAGCCUAAAUGAAUCCUCAGACAUAAAACUGAAGCUAAGUCUUACUGGCUACAUCUUUGUUCUGUCCAUAGUUGUGUAAGUGACCCUGCACUGGUUUUUCUUCUAGUAAAGAGAUUAGAGGAAACUUAAAGAAAGGAAACCUAAGACCAGGAAUAGCGAGAAGAGUUGUCCACCACAGACUGACUCCUGCUCCACCUAUGCAAGAAAAUCAAAAUAUAAAUAGAAGUAAAUAUUUCAAACAAGUUUUAUUUGGUACUUACAUGCUAAACAUUGGUUUAAAGAAAAACUACAGAUUUUGGUCACUUUAAAAUAUUGUGGCUAUGUACAUGGAAAACUAAAGAAAGCAAGAAAGGAUCCCAAUUAAUUUUACUGUGUCACAAGCCGUUAUUCAAAGUUAUUCUGACUGAAUGGCUGUUUUUCCCAUCCGUGUAUUCUGGCAGAUGGUCUCUUUUUGCUUUUCCAUUGUUUUUAUCCCAUCUCCUGUGUAAGACAAACACUUGGCAGCAGCAGAACUUCAGAAGUUCUUCAGCUUCUGUCUCAGAAGAUUUCUUUUGCUAGCACAGACUUUCUGCACAGCCUGAGAGCCUAGCGCAGUGCUCACUAAAGGAGCGUGCAAGAAUCUUUCUGGUCCAUUCUCCGUUAGCAUGAACUGAAGCCUCAUAACUCCCAUUUCCACCAGCCAAGGACGUACUCUUGGACUCCAGUGAGUGACUCAUCAAGCCCUAGUGGGUGUUUCCAACAGAAGUAUCUAGUGAGCUCUGCCUGCAACAGCAUUGUUUAUCAAAUCAUACAAAAGUGCACAAUUUUAGUGUUCUACCCAACAGCAACCAAAAGCGAGGGAUGGUAGGAAUCAGCAUCAGACUAAAGAGAAAGCAACCUGCAUUGCUCCUCCUAUCAGUCAAACUGAAGUGCAUUAUGAAAAUCACAGGCUACAUAAAAAGCACAAACAACGACCAUUUGCCAUUUGCUCUGAAACGAGCAAAACCAAAAAAAUCCCCAAACCUGCUUUAUCAUCCAAAUAUCAAAUAGUUCAGGUUUCACACAGUCUUCAAUAGUCUGAUAAGGCAAAGGAAAUGUCUUCCAUCAUUGGGAACAGCAGCAAUUUACAGGACUCGGAACAAGGUACUUCCCUGUGUGGGUGUAUGUGCAUGCCUGUGCGUACACAUCCUUUAUAGGAUUGUGAACAUGAAUGUAACUAAAAAAAAAAUAAAUCAAGUUUGCAGUA